AUGUCCAACAACUACGACAACGUCGUUGACUCCAAGAUCGGCGACGGUGAUAGUGUUCAUGGCGUGACCCUGGGGACUGUUCGACUGCGCCAUGAGACCACCAACGAGAUCAUUCUUGCCCCAAAACCAUCAGAUGACCCCGAUGACCCGCCGCCGCGUGAGAAAAACUACAUCUUCGCCCUUAGUUACUUCAGCUUCUUUAUAUAUGAUAUCUACGCUCUAGGCCCUUCAGCGGGCGGCGUAGCUAUAGCGACUACUUGUUUUGGUGCAACGCCCACCGACCCCAACUUCCUCACCUACGUGGGCAAGGUAACGUACUUCUUCACGGGAGCUUCGCUCACCAUCGGCAUUGGCCAAUUCAUCUAG